CUUCAAGUACAUGGACCUGUCAGAUCAGGCUGGUCGGCGUGAACUGGAGAAGCUGCUCCACGACAUGAUGAUCUGCGACCACGUGAGUCACGCCUUGAUGAAGUACAUCAUUUCCACACUUCACCUGGUGAAGACAAACACAGACACGCUGGUGGCCUACCUGGCCGAGACCAUCUCCGAAAUACGGGAGCCAAUCACCAUCGUGGAGAAAACACUGGACAAAGAUGAGAGGCGGCAGUUGGACCUGAAGAUCGCCAGUAUCCGGGUGCGACUGAACCAAGCUAAGGAAGAGCUGGAGGAAUGUGUGAGAUGUCAGGAGUUUUGCCUGCCAGCGGAGCUGAAGAGUUCUGUAGCUGAGCUGGAUGCUGAGCAUCCUUACUCCUGA